CAUGAGCACAACAGCUCUGACUGCUUGGAUCUGCAUCUCUUUCAACUGUUGCUCCCUAGAGAGUGCCCUCCUUCAUUCACUCAUUUUUAUUUGAGCUCUCGAGCUUUAAAGAGGAGAUCCAACCCAGUGCUGUGAAAUUUUACUUGAAAUGAUGUCUACAUCGCUUCUGUUAAGUAGCAAAUAUUGCCACUGAUGGCUGGAUGUUUUGUAUCAUUUCUUCAUGACAACCACAUAGUGUUUUUCAGAUCUCAAAGAGAAAGAGAAACGCUGGGCAUUGGUGGAAACAGCACAUUUAAAGAGUGGUCUGCUUUUUUCCGUUUGGUCACAGCUCUGGACAACUGGAUUCCUAGUAGCAGCAGUGCAUAAUGUAAAGAGAAGAAUCAUGGAAUUCAGCUCUUCUUCUGUAUUUGACCAACAGAAAGGAGACACCGCGGAGGACAUUGAUCUGAGUGUUGUGUACCAGGCAGCAGCUAACGGGGAUGUUAACACCUUGACAGCAGUCAUUCGUGAGGAUCCUUCGAUCUUAGAGUGCUGCGACAGCGAGGGAUCCACUCCUUUGAUGCACGCUAUUUCAGGACGGCAGGUUGACACAGUGAAACUUUUAUUAAAAAUGGGUGCUUCUAUAAAUACUCAGGAUACCUGUGGAAGGACCUCUUUGUCCUUAGCAACAUAUUUGGGAUGGCUGGAAGGCUGCGUGAGCUUGCUUAGAAAUGGAGCCAAACAGAAUAUUCCAGACAAAAAUGGUCGACUGCCUCUGCAUGCAGCUACUGCUGAGCCUGAUGUCAGACUGAUUUCUGUCCUGCUGCAACAAUCUACCUUGUGUGAAAUAAACCAUCAGGAUAAUGAAGGAAUGACCCCUCUACACUGGGCAGCUUUCCACAACCGGCCUCCGCAUGUGCUGGCCUUAUUACAAAAAGGAGCUGAUCCAACUUUGGUGGACAAGGAUUUCAAGACAGCUCUCCACUGGGCCGUUCAGAGUGGGAACAGAUACAUGUGCUCAUUGAUCCUGGACCACCAGCUGGGUUCAUCAGUAAUUAACUAUGACGAUGAAAAUGGAAAGACCUGCAUGCACAUCGCAGCUGCUGCUGGGUAUAGUGACAUCAUUUAUGAACUUGCUAGAAUCCCAGAGACGAAUUUGCAGGCACUUGAUGUGGAUGACAGAACUCCAUUGCACUGGGCCGCUGCAUCAGGGAAGUCUGACUGUGUGCAAGCACUACUCCAACUUGGGGUCGAGCACAGCCCUCGGGACAUCAAUGAAAACACCCCACUGACAUAUGCAAUGUACUGCGGACACACAGCAUGCAUCAAGCUGCUCUCCCCAGAAAACAGGACUGAAACUACAAAGCAGGUUGCAUCUAAGAACUACAGCCAGUCACAAAAAAAGGAAGGUAGAUUUAGCGUUCUAAAUCAAAUAUUUUCAUGUAAGAAGAAAAAGGCUGACCAAAAGACUGUUCAUAAGGACAAGACUAGAGACAAGCAUUUACAGGAAGAAACCUCAGAAGUGGAUGAUAUAAUUACAACCUUUGAUUGUAUUAUGGAUACAUCAGACAAGAAAUCUUUUGAAGAGACAUUAAACAGCAGUGACUCCAGAAAGAGUAGCACUGAAGGCCAAAAGUGUCUGCUCCCAGAAAAAAAGCCACCCAAAGAAUUCAAAGGACUUCCUCCUAUCCGAACUCAAAGCCUGCCACCAAUUACACUUUGCAGUUCCUCACAGGUCAAUACCCAAAGCACUGUUUCCUUCUCCUCAUGUAGCCAGAUCCCCUAUCAUUUUGCACACAGAUCUCAGAAAAGCAGGAGUGAACAUGAUUUAUAUGAUAACAGAAUCAAUGGUCAGGCAACACUGGACAGUACUUGGAAACCAGAGCAUAAAGUCUGGACUGCUUCACCAUCUAUGAAGCUCCUGGAUGGAUUUCUUCAAGACCGAUCCAAUCAUCUGGAGCUGUUAUAUCCUCCACAUCUUCCACAUUUGCAGAAGAAUGGGCAGGGACAGAAUUCACAUCAUUUGUCCACAGACAAGCUAAAAGUGAAAGAGGUGGCACUUACCCGAAGCUUCUUAGCGCCCCUACCUGAUCACUUCACACACAGAUUUUCAUUGCCUUUAGAUAACAUCUCUCAGGGUGUGAAGAAAUCAAAAUCUUUGCCUUUAAAUCCUAUACAAAAUAAUAUUGCCAGUUUGUCUCCUGCUAUUACCUCACAGUCCCAUAGAGAUGGGAUGCCUCAUAGCCACUCACUGUGCAGUUUUCUUCCUAGCAUUUCCGGUGACUCUAUCAGAACUGUCCGUGUUCUCCCAGCAAUUCCAUCCCGAAAGAACCCAAUCCCAGUACAGAUGACAGAAGAACUAUUAACAUCUGUGAAAGAUUCAGACCACAGUUCCUAAUCCUCGAUCUCUGCCAGAUGUCCGGAAGGUCAAUUUGAAUCCUAAAUUCACUGUGUAGCUUACGUAUAGCAUACAUUCCAGUGCAGCACACUCAGACAUUCAUAUCUCAAUAAAGAAAUCACUAGUGGUGUAAAAUACACAGUUUAAAUUUAUCAUCUAUUUUCAUUGUACAGUAUAUAAAUGUUUUUUAAUCUUAUAUAAUCUGCCAGAGCAUAAGGACAAUUUUUAAGCAGACUGAUUUUGCUGAUUUGUUUAUUUGUAAAGUUAUGAGCAAAAUAUUUUUUCAUAUUUGUACAUUGAGGAUUCCAGUUCCAGGAACCUCUAUUUCUAAUUGAAGCGGAAAAAUUCAUGUCAUCUUUAUUUCUUUAUUUAGCAUUAACAUUGCUAAUUUUGGGCACUUCAUGGAAUGCAUUUUUGCAUCAAUAAAAUGUUUAACGUAUCUGCUUA